GAUUUAUCACAAAUUUCAAUAUAUUUAACGUUUGGCUCGAAAAGCCUCUAAUGUUAAUAAAAAAGUAAAAUGUUUAUUUUAGAGCCCGACAGCAGAUGCUUGCGACAACAUCAGGUCGUCAGAGAAGAGAGCUUGUUGUGGCCACUGUACUCACAGCAAUAGUUCUUGUUUUCCUGAUCUGUCAUAGCCUAAAGUUUUUUAUAAACUUUGUAGAACUCUGGGCGGUUAUUCGAGAAUUGAACCCACACAAUGUUUGGAGUCCAAAAAUGACUGUGGUAGUUAGUGUGUCCCAUCUGCUGAUCACAAUCAACUGUUCAACAAACUUUAUCAUUUACUGCUGCAAGGACAACAAGUUCCGUGGUGUGAUAUCAACAGCUCUAAUCAGGAUACACGUGUUUAGGUUCCGUGGUGUGAUAUCAACAGCUCUAAUCAGGAUACACAAAGUAUUCUCUAGAAAGUCACAAAACAGCACUCUUCCCCCACAUUUAAAUAUAGAGAAUUGCUCUGACCCAGAGAACUCCGGGUUUAGGAUGGAACCCCUAAACAUUACUCCAUCUCCCUCCAUUCUUUCCAAAACCCAUUCAGCUGUUUCCCAAGCGGGAAUGAACGUAACCCCGACUAAACCUCCGUCCACCAAUCUUCUUAUUCUUAGUCCAACUGAUGCUACCCCUCUUUUUCCGUGCUCUUCUCCCAACCCUCAAGGUUCAAGCACAUCUAACCCACCAGAACCUAAACUGUCAAACCCGCAGAGUUCCAUCACCAUCCAAGGAUCUGGCAGCGCCCACGAAGUGGGUUCAAGGAACGGAAGCUUACAGCGCUCUAUGACCAUGACCCCAACACUUCUAUAUCCUACACCGACUCCAAAGCUGCAAUUCCGUUCUAGUAGUCUGAAGCCUACUGAUGAUGUUAAAACCUAUCCAAUCGAACUGCAACCCCCACAUCCGACCAGCUCAACUAAGCAUAACUAUCCCAGAAACCGGUUAUAUAUGCAGACAAGUAUAUAGUUACAUGGACGCUGUACAUAACAUCAGUAUAUACUGGUCUCACAGUUACAAAUGCGUACACUAUUACUCAUUGAAGUACUGGACUGACUGAUAAAGCUGGUUUAAGAGAGUAUUGUUGAACGAAAGCCAAACUCUUGAAUUUCCUUUUUGGGGUCUAUUCAUUUGGAUAGAUAUUAAUUUAAGAACUCGGGAAGCUACAGAGAAUGCAAAUGUAAAGAAACCACAUCUAUAUAUAAAUUUGGCUUGUCUGUCUGUUUGUCUGUCUGUCUGUCUGUCUGUCUGUU